AUGACUGACGAGAUAUUCAAGUCUCGAGAUGAAUUAAUUCGAUGGGCACGUGAUGUUGGGAGGAGAAGUGGUUUUGUUAUUGUUGUGAAGAAAUUAGAUGCGGGUGGCACUCAUCGUAAGAAACCAAGACUAACUCUUGCUUCUAAAAAACUAGAUACAAAUGAUGAUCGGACAUUGAUCGUGAUAUGUGGUGUGCAUAAUCAUCCUGUUGUGGUUUGUCUUGAACGUCAUUCUUAUGCCGGGAGGUUAUCACAUGAGGAAACUUCUUUGUUGGUUGAUAUGUCAAAGAGUAUGUUAGCAGUGAACAAAUACAUAGAAUGGCGUAGGAACUAUAAAGAUACUGAGACUGUUACAGAUUUGUUCUUCGCACAUCCAGUUAGUUUGGAUUUGCUACGUGCAUUCCCAUGUGUGUUACUAAUGGAUUGUACAUAUAAGACCAAUCGAUAUCGUUGGCCACUUUUAGAGAUUGUAGGCAUAACAUCCACUGAAAAGACUUUCUCUGUGGGUUUUGCAUACCUCCAGUAUGAGAAGGAGGAUAAUUAUGCAUGGGCACUUGGUAUUUUGCGUAGUUUGAUGGAUGAGAAUAGUCUUCCCAAUGUUAUUGUUACAGAUAGAGAAUUGAGUCUAAUGAAUGCUAUUGCGACGAUAUUUCCACGAGCUACAAAGGCACUUCAAUACGUGGAAUCUUCUUGGUUGGAUGCAUAUAAGGAGAGAUUUGUGGCUGCAUGGAUAGAUACAUCAUUGGAAAUGACAUUGGCAGAGUCCAAGCGAGCAUCUUUUGUUGGCAUCGACAUUGUUACAUGUGGUUGUGUUGUUCGGCGUAUACAUGGAUUACCAUGUGCGCAUGAAAUAGUAGAUUAUAUAAGAGAAAACCGACCAAUUCCUCUAACUUCUGUAGAUCCACAUUGGUCCAAGCUUGACAUGCUUAAUACUCCGAAAAAAUCAAAUUCAUUUUUGGAUUGCAAAUCUGAGUUGGAUAUGUUUGCUCGACAUUACAAAGAGGUAGAUCCAACUAUGAAGGUUCAAAUGUUAAAGAAGUUGAGGGAGAUACAUACACCUGAGCGUACAUUCUUGACUGAACCUGAAGUGAAGCUUAACUUACGAGGUCGACCAUCCUUGAAGAUUGAUACUUCUACUCCUCGUGGGCCCUCUGCCUUUGAGUUUGUCUCAUCUGCACAGUACAGCUAUUUACCAAGUGUAGGUUUGAAGAAAAAUACGUGUCCAAAGAAAUUAAAAUCAAUGCAGCAACCAAAGGUGAUUUGGGAAGGAUGGAUGUUGCAAGUGAAGAAAGAUUUACUACAAGAAUUACAUGCCCAUAUAGGUCACUACAAGAGUUUAUUUGGGAGGCAUGAAAGAGUUGAUGAGUUAACUACUACUUUAGCGUAUUUUGAAUCAAAUGCUGGAUAUAGUCAUUGGUUGACAAUACCUGACAUGGGUCCUCUAAUAUCAUCUUUUUACAAUGUCUUCUUGGUGCAUGGUCACCCAAUGCCACCUAUAGCAACGAAUUGGCGACAUUACCAUUUACCUGCUGCAGCAGGAUAG